AUGAGAAUCCGAAUACGCGGUCCGACUGGACAGUCGACCGUUUCUCUAGAUGACGAUGCAACUGUCGAUGUACUCCGCAGACAAAUCACAGAGUCAACCGGACUAUCAGAUUACGACGUGAAAUAUGGGUAUCCACAAAUCAAGCCUCUCUCGUUAGAGGGCUUCCCACCUAACCAGAAACUAUCCGACCUGGGGAUGACUCUGAAUGGGGAACAGUUAAUUGUCACGAGGAAAGAAGGCAGCCUCCCCUCUGACACGAGCCGCGAUCAACACGAGACUGCUACUGAUCGGCAACAACCGCUGAACGGGCUGCUCGCUGAGAAGACUCCGAAUGAGGGCUCUGAUGACCCGCCGGAGAUUCCAUCACCGGAACAUCAUGGUACCUUCGUUCUCCGGAUCAUGCCUGACGAUAACUCGUGCCUAUUCCGCGCCAUCAGUAGCGCGACCAUGGCUGGUGUAGAUGUGAUGACUGAGCUACGAUCUGUUGUUGCACAGACUAUACAGGCAAACCCGGACCUAUAUACCGAGGCGGUGCUGGAAAAAAAGCCGGACGACUACUGUCAAUGGAUCCAGAAUGAGGACUCUUGGGGCGGGGGCAUCGAGCUCAGCAUAUUGAGUAAACAUUUUGACAUCGAGAUUUGCUCGAUUGAUGUGCAAACACUGCGGGUCGAUUCUUUCAACGAGGGUCCUUCAAUGCGGUGCAUCGUGGUCUAUUCGGGCAUCCACUACGAUACUAUUGCCCUGUCGCCUUCAAGUCCGCCGUAUACCCAUGCAGACGUCCCCGCCGAAUUCGAUACCAAAGUCUUUGACGCCAACGACCCUUUGGUCCUGAAAAAGUCCCUGGCCUUGUGCAAGGUUCUGCAAGAGCGGCAUUAUUACACAGAUACUGCCGGGUUUCGUCUGCGCUGCAAUACGUGCGGUAGAACUUUUGUGGGCGAAAGAGGCGCUACACAGCAUGCAGAACAGACUGGGCAUGUCGAUUUCGGAGAGGCUAAUUGA